GUACUAGUUUAGUAUCAGUAGCAAACCACUCGAUAAUCGGCGACAGAAAUACUUUCUUUACUUUGUCAAUUGUGCGAUUUGCUUCAUUGAAUUACUUAUUUGCCAAAUUGGCCAAUGUCCAUCGAAAUAUUUAAGUGAAAACACAAUUUUUUUUCGUAAUCAAAACCCGAUAUUCCGAGCGAGACGUCACACAUAACCUCAAUCGGAAAUCAACUUUUCAUCAACGAGAAAAGCAUUUGUUGAUUCAAUGGAUAGUUUUGUGCUGGAUGGCGAAGCUGAGCGCAAGAGUGGGCCGUUGGAAAAUGCAAUCGAAGAUGAUGGGCCGAUUUUUGACACCAAAGAAGAAGAAGAAGAAGAAGCGGUCAAGGUAAAACAAGAACCGAUUAUCAAAAACGAACCAGAAGAUCACAACGAAUUACUUACGGUUUCCGUGCCACGACAACGUAAUUCAGUAAUUAAAGUCAGCGUUGAUAGGGAAAAUAACGGGCUGAGUAUCGAAGAUUUGUAUUCAAUGCAUAUCAAACUAGAGCCUAAAGAUGAAGAUGAAGCCGAUAGCAAAAUUGAACAGAAGUCAAAAGAAGGAAAGUAUUUGAACGAAAAUGACAUAUCGAAGGAAAAUGGAAAUGUGGAACGACAUUCGCCGAAAGGUGAUGCAGCGCCACGGUCAUCGAGUGGAUGUUCGAAGAAAAAGAGCAUUGAUGUGACGGGUAGAGCUAAGGCGGUAAUCAAUGCUGCGCAUAGAAAACAGUCAGCGGUAAAGAGGGCCAAGAAACAGCACAAGUGCUCAACAUGUGGAUAUGUUGCGCCAACACCAUCCUAUUUGAAGAGUCAUAUGUUCAAACACACUGGCGAGAAACCUUUUCCAUGCAACAUCUGUAACAAACGAUUCACGAAGAACUCAAACCUUCAAACACAUUUGAAAACACACCCCGAUGAAUAUCCGUUUAGUUGCUCAGUUUGUCUCAAGAUAUUCGCACAGAAUGACGAAAGACUGGUGCACGAGGAUGUUUGCAAUGCGCGACACUUCGAAUGCCAUUUGUGCAAGGAGUAUUCUACUUCAAAUGAGGCUCAUUUGAAGGUGCACAUGCGUGUGCACAAUGGCGAUAGACCAUUCCGAUGCAGCUUUUGCUCCAAGAGAUUUACAGUACGAUCCAACCUAAAGGUUCAUUUGAAAGUCCACACAAAUCCUCGUCCGAUAAAAUUCCAAUGCAUGGUUUGCGCCCGUUACUUCACAAAGGAAAUGGAAAAAAAGCAGCAUGAAAUGAAUUGCAGAAGCCGGCGCUACGAUUGCUACUUGUGCAAGAGCUACUCGACGUUUCAUAAAUCAAAUCUGAUGACACACAUGCGAAUUCAUCACACCGGCGCCAAACCAUUUCGAUGUGAAUUGUGCAACAAAUGCUUCGCACAGAAAGUUGAACUCACGAAACACCAAAAACACAACCAUAAGUGAUCUAAUAAAUUAUGAAUUUGAUAGAAGUUGGGAGCCCUUAGCAAUAAAAUACUUCCACUCUCCUAAGCACUUAAUUUCAGAAUUGUUCGAACUAAUCACCAGUUCUUCUUUAAUUAUCAUUAAUAAUAAACGUUUCAAAAUCUAAAACCUGGGAAGAAGACCAUAUGCAAAAAAUCAACUCCAUCGAAACCAAAAUUUCUGCCUUAAAAUUCAUUUCCAGUUUUCUGAAUAAAAAUUGAGAAAAAAA